AUGUCGAAUCAAUCUGAUAGGCCGUGGACCGAGGAGGACAAGUACACUCUGCUCACCGAGAUCCUCAAGAAAGCUGGAGUUUCUUCAAGCUAUCUAGUCCGCGUGAUUAAUGACCAUGCAAUCAUCCCAAACUGGGAGCAUAUUCCUCUCCCUCAAGGCCGUUCACUCAGCUCGUGCAAAGCGGCCUAUCUCAAUAUGGUCCACCAGUCCGCGCACCCUCCAAUGCACCCAGUGGCUCCGUUUCCACCGAGAUCCGAUAUGACCGGCCCACCAGCCCCAAUUGACUCCAGCGCUAUGCGCAAGCGGCCAUUGUAUCCGUCCGACAAACCGCUACCUCGCGCAAUUCAACCCCGGCCACCUGCGAGCACCGCUUCGUACAGCAGCGAAAGCGGCGCAUCAGCCCAGCUCUCCCCAAGACUGGACACUGGCACCAGCGAGCCACGCCGCAAACGAGGACGACCAAGCAAAGCAGAGACCGAGCGGCGGAAGCUCCUAGCCGAAUCUCGUGGUGAGACCUACCCUGCGCCUCGACGACCGGGGUCUGGCAGACUUAAAAUUCCUCCUUCGCCGACCAGCCCCGCCCCAGGUCCAUCGACAACUCCAUUCCCGCCGGUUCCCCAAGUCUUCCACGGACCAAAGCCAGGCUCAAUGCUCUAUGACACCCCAGCCAUGCGUUCGGCGAUUGCACCACCCGGUCCCAGCCCCACGUCAGCCGAUGAGCGCCGCGAUAUGCCACCCCGUAUGAGCAGCAACAUGCGUGAGCUACCACGGCUAACAGAGAUGGGACAUCCACUUCCUUCACCACAUGCCCUUCAAUUAGGUCCCUCACAUGCCUUCCGGCGACUCAGCAACCCGGCCGAACGGUCCUACAACUUCCCAGCAGACCGGUUUUCCCCGCCGGAGAGUGGUCGCCGUGACUCGGUCACUAGUCGACCCGACCAGCCACCAGGACCAUACCCCGAAGGACGAAUGAACACGGCACCAGCCGAGAAACCUCCACGAUGA